ACUUAACCCUUUACGUCAAGUUCGUCGACUCUAGCUGCGUUUGUUAUAAAUGUGUAUUAAUUUUAAGUGAUUAAAAAAAUAUCGAAAUAAUCUAUCUAAAUGGCUGAUAAACCGCCUGAAGAAGGGUACAUAUCCGUAGUCGAUGAGGAACCGGUAUUUUUCGAGUUACUUAAAUGGGAUUCGUCGCAAACACAAAAACAACAUGAGCAGCGCAGUUUAGAAAAAGCAAAAAGUCCAGAGAAAAGCGUACCUAAGCCGAAGGACGAUUCAGAUCCGUUUGAUUUUAGUGAUAGCGCGUUUAUUGAAACGUAUAGAAUUUCAAAAGAUCUGGCGCGAAAUCUCUGUGAGGAGUUAAAACCAGUUAUGCCCGAUUCUACUAAAUCAAUGGAAUUCUCUGUUGAAAGCAAGGUUAUGGCGACCCUCGCUUUCUAUGCAACAGGUAAAUACCAGAAGUGGAUCGGAGGUAAGACAGAUCCAAGCAUAACUCAUUACUUUGUGUCGACAGCAGUCCUACAAGUAACGGAAGCUAUGAACCAUCCGACGAUUGUCAAAAAGUACAUACACUUUCCGCACUUGAGAAAUGAAAGAGAAAUUGUUAAAAACGGGUUUUAUAUGAAAUACAGUAUACCCAAUGUGGUUGGUUGUGUGGAUUGUGUACAUGUGCCCAUCGCUAGACCGGAUGAGGAUCAAAAGAAGCACUUCAACAAAUCAUACCAUUCCAAGAAAGUACAAAUUAUAAGCGACAGCAACCUUAACAUCUUGAGCGUAGACGCUAGUUCGGGAGGAGCGUUGUCUCACGAUGCCAUAUUAGCUAAACACGCCGUUAGAGUCGACCUCACUAGCCUCAACCAAGCCCGGGAGCCCUGCUGGCUGUUGGGUGGUCCACAUUACUCACAGAAACCCUACAUAAUGGUACCGGUUCCGAAGAUUACAAAGAAAACACCAAUUUCACCAGAGAAGUACUACACGAACAUACACGCACAAGCGCAUAAUACGGUUAUGGAGACGAUAAAGCAACUGAAGUCAAGAUGGAAGUGUCUCCAAGCGUCCUGUAACAAGCAGUUUGACCCGAAUACGGUAGCGAUGAUGGUAGUUGCCUGUUGUAUCCUUCAUAAUAUAUGUAAUUUACACGGCUUGCCAGUUGUGCAAAUGACUCAAACAGAGGAAAGAUUAGAAGCGAUGAAGCAGAGGGUAGCUAAUGCUCCGAUAUCCAGGAAACAAGUGGAAGAUCCAAGCGGAGUCCAGGCGAGGGCAGUUUUGAUCGAACGGUUAUGGAACGAAAGGAGAGUUACACCGGAAUCCUGCUCAAAUUUAAAGAAAAGAAUGUCGAAAAAGGAUAGGAUAUUAGAAUCUCAGCCCCAUCCCCAUCCCCAUCCUCAUCAAAUGGUACAACCGCAGACUGUCCACGAGGACCCCAAAAGGCCCCGGCUGGUUAUGAAUAACCCAUACGGUUUGGGGGUCAGCGUUGCUCCCAGUUGGGGUCAUUAUCCCCAACACUAAUGAAUCUCAUCAGUAUUAUUUUUAGAUCUGUAAAAAUACAUAGAUACAUAUAAUCACGCCUCUUUCCCGUAGGGCUACGCAGGAGACCACUUCUUUUCACUUGCUACAAUCCUUACAUACUUCUUUCGCUUCGUCCACUUUCGUUAUUCCCUUCA